CCAAGAAACCAGUUCCUCAAAACCUAAAUAGACCGACCUGGACCUUAGUUGUCUUCCAUGGCCGCUCCCUUCCCGGAACUUCCAUUGACCACCCUCUCUACUAUAUCUACACCCGCUCCCACAUUGCCUCCUUCAACACCCAUCUUCCCAAUCUCUCGAAGUAUCCACCUUUCUGCAGAAAGUUCGAAUUUUCAUCUUCAAACUGUUUUUGUUUCGAUCUUCGAUGGCGUCGCAAAGAACCGAGUCGAGCUUCCACGACUUCUUGCCCACCAUGGCCCACAAACUGGGCGGCGAGGGCCUGAUCGGGGAGCUGUGUAACGGGUUCAAGCUCUUGGUGGACGGCGACAAAGGGGUCAUCACGUUCGAUAGCCUCAAGAAGAACUCCGCUCUUAUGGGCUUGCAGGACUUGAGCGACGAUGAUCUGCGGUGUAUGCUGAAGGAAGGCGAUUUCGACGGCGACGGCGCGCUCAAUCAGAUGGAGUUCUGCGUCUUGAUGUUCAGAUUAAGCCCCGAGCUGAUGGAGGAGUCGGAGUUUUUGUUGGAGGAUGCUCUUCGGAAGGAGUUCUGAGGAUUUUCUUGAUUUUCUUUUUGUUUGUCUGACUCUUAUUGACAUUUAUAUACUGCUCUUGUUGUAUUCCUAAUUGCUCACCGAUUCUUGAUCUGGAAUGGAAUUGUUCAGAGGUAAAACAGAAUAAAAGGAAUUACAGUA